CGUCCAGUCCGCCGCAGAAUGUGUUCAUACUUCCUGGUGACGUGUUUCCGGUGUCUGCAGCAAUGGCGUUGGAAACUGUACCGAAAGAUUUGAGGCACCUGAGAGCAUGUUUACUGUGUUCGCUGGUGAAGACCAUUGACCAGUUUGAAUACGAUGGCUGUGACAACUGUGAUGCCUACCUACAGAUGAAAGGCAAUAGGGAGAUGGUAUACGAUUGUACAAGCUCCUCAUUUGAUGGGAUUGUUGCUAUGAUGAGCCCUGAUGACAGCUGGGUGUCCAAGUGGCAGCGAAUAACUAACUUCAAACCUGGGGUGUAUGCAGUAUCUGUCACAGGACGACUACCACAAGGUAUUGUACGGGAGCUGAAGAGCCGAGGCGUGGUUUACAAAUCCAGAGACACGGCCAUCAAGACGUGACGGCAAAAGAAGGGCUGGAGCAGAGAUUGGGUUGAUGUCGUCUUCUCUUCCGUUGGUUUUGUUUUCCUGUUAUGUUACUGAAACUGUGGUUUCCCUGCAGUUGGGGGAGGGUUGUGCCACUGAGUGCACCACAUCUACAGGCACGUUAUGUCCUACACCAAACAAAUAGAAACCAGAAGAGAGUUACGGGGAGGUGUUCAGUUUGAUUUGGGGGGGGGAUAUUGUUCUACCCACCAUGGUUUUUCAAACAGACUUUUUUUUUUGCUCUUUAACUUUUUUUUAUUUUUCCCAAUAAACUUCUUAUUGUGAU